UCACACAGUCAGACACACAGGCUCCUGACUGCGCAUGCGUGCAAGCAGCUGGGUCUCUGCAGGGCAGCGCUGUGAGCUGGGCCUGAGCUGUGCCGGGGCUGCUGGCCCGCCACUGCCUCACACACACCGAACGGGGCAGCAGGGGGUGGGCACGGAGAAGACGCAUCGUCUUCCUUCGUACAGGCCAUGUAGCUAUGAGCGCAGAGCGGGGUGUCUGCCUGCCGUGGCCUGAAGCAGGGAUGAGCCAUUGAGGGCUGAGGAGCCCGGAUCACAUCUCCGGGGGCGCAGCACUAGCACCGACCAUGGCUCAGGAGAAGAUGGAGCUGGACGUGGAGGUCCCGGGGGAUGGGAGCCUGAGGAGAUCCAACAGCGCCCCCCAUAUAAACGUGCUGAGUGACCAUGCACAAGUGUUUCAACCAUAUGGCGUCCGAGCACGCAGGAACAGUACUACUGUAGUUCAUCGCCAAAGUCUGAUACCUUCCUCCUCUCCUAUCAGGAUUCCAAGCAGUAGACUGGUUCAACUGAAAAGGGAGGAAGGAGUGGACUUGAUAGAUCGUGAAACCGCACGUGAGCGAGAGAUCCAGGCUGCUAUGCAGAUGAGCCUGUCCUGGGAAGAGAACUUUAGCCUGAGUGAUAAUGAUUUUGACAAAUCGGAGAAAUCGUCUUCACCAAAACGUAUUGAUUUUGCCCCAGUGUCGCCAGCUCCCUCACCUACCAGAGGAAUAGGGAAGCAGUGCUUUUCACCAUCUCUACAGAUGUUUGUCAGUAGUAAUGGCUUGCCUCCAAGUCCUAUCCCAAGCCCUACACGGCGCUUCACUACGAGGAGCCAGAGUCCUAUCAACUGUAUACGUCCAAGUGCAUUUGGUCCCAUAAAGAGAAAAGUUGAAAUGGAAAUAGAAAGUCAACCAAAGAGAUUGUUUCAAGGAACAACUAACAUGCUUUCACCGGACAUCACGCACAUGUCGGAUUUCAGUUGCAUUUCUUCAGACCUUGAUAGCAGCAGCAGCAUCUGCUCCUCCUCUGACUCUGCAUCCAAAGAGGGCUGUGUCACCGACUCUCCUGUGACCUGUUCCAACUCCUGCUCUUCAUUCAUAUCCCUGGGUGAUUUAUCGCCCAAGUGACUGCAGUUAUUCAGCCACAAUUUCCCUUCCUCCCCUAUUUAAAGACUGUGGAAUGAUCAUCCAGUACUUUGGUUCCUCUUCCCUACUUUGCCCUGUGUAUUAUCAAUUUUUUUUUUCCCCCUUUUUUAAAUAAAUAACCCUUUUCAUCCCCCCCA